AUGGUGGCCGGCAGGCGUGGGUGCAGGCAGGAGACCCGGGAAGGAAGCGAUGUGAAGGCCGCGCAGGGCAGUGAGGUGUGGGUGCGGCUCAGCGAGCACCCGCCGACAGCCGAACUGCCCCGCAACAGGCGUGGGGUAAAGCAGCACACGUGGGAGGGGAAUCGCGCCUUCAACCAAAGCAAGAGCCUCUCCAAAGACAUCUCACUGUCUCCAGUUGAUGUACUUGUCGGUUUCGAUGUAGUCUCCCUGUUCACCAAGGUACCUGAUACCAUUGCAAUCAUUGAAGACUUGGUCCAACAGGGACUGAAUCCAGAUGUACCAACUUUGAGAUUUGUUCAUGAAGCCAUCCAGAUAUAUAAACACAGACACAACUUCAACCAAGAAGAUGGGUACAGACUGAGCAAUCAUUGGAAGGACGUUAUUAACCAGAGAGAUGAUAUAGUCAUCCUCUCGGCAGACAAGGGCAAUGCCACGGUCAUCAUGGAUAAAGAUUCAUACAACAACAAAAUCCUGGACCUUCUUAAUGAUGGGAGUUACUCCAAAAUUAAAAACGAUCCCACUAAAAGCCUAACGACAAAAACCAACAGUAUCAUCACGAGUUCGACUUCCCUAAUCGAACCAAGCAAACGUCCCUCUCUAAAACCAUCGGCGGCUAGACCUCCCAGACUCUAUGGUCUUCCCAAAAUCCAUAAAGAAGGCACCCCGCUACGACCCAUCGUGUCGACGAUAAACUCUCCUACGUACAAACUAGCCCGUUUUCUAUCAGAUACUCUGCUCCCCUUCACAGGCAAGACCUCUUCGGCAGUACUCAACUCAACCCAAUUAGUCUCUAUGGUUAAGGACAUGGUACUAUCUCCUGAUGACAUCCUCGUCAGCUUUGAUGUAGUAUCUUUGUUCACCAAAGUCCCAGUACCGGACACCCUAACAAUAAUUGAGGACUUAGUCCAACAUGGAUUGAAUUCUGAUGUACCUGCGCUGGUUAGGCAUUGCCUCACCAACACCUAUUUUACCUGGAAUGGCACCUUCUACAAACAGAAUGAGGGUACCCCUAUGGGCUCCCCCUUGUCACCAGUUAUAGCCAACAUGUUCAUGGAAAAGUUUGAAUCAGACGCCAUCCAGACAUCCACCCUGCGUCUCCUGUGGAAGAGGUAUGUGGAUGACACUUUCGUCAUCUGGCCACAUGGCCUCCCAGCAUUGAACCACUUCUUGGACCACAUCAAUUCUAGACACCCAUCCAUCAGAUUCACCAUGGAAGUGGAGAAAGACGGUAAACUACCAUUCUUGGAUAUUCUGUUUGAGAGGAGGCCUGACGGAUCCUUGGGACAUUCUGUCUACAGGAAAGCCACCCACACAGAUUCCUACUUGAAACCGGAUUCCCACCACCACCCAUCUCAAAAGAAUUCUCUCAUCAAAACGCUAUACCACAGAGCCCAUGGCAUUUCUGACCAACACCACCUGGCCGGUUGA